AAAAGCAUGUAGGCAGAUGAGAAUUUCAACCGUAUAAAUAGGGCUGAUUGGUAAUCGUUGAAGGGGUAGCCUGCGCUCUGCUAUUCAAGACAUCCCCACGGCCGCGUCUUUCAGUCUGUAGUGGUAUUCUACCGCUCUAAAGAGUUUCAAACUGGAUACACACUCUGCACUCUAACGGGUACUCUGUCUUAAAGGUGUUAUCUACAGCUCUACAGCUCCACAGCGUGAUUUCUUCAAGCUCUUUUUCCACGGGUUCAAACGUUGGGUAUCUGCGGUUCUUGCUUCCAGAGUGUGUUUCCUUUUUCAAAAGUAGCCUCGGAGUAAAGGGAGCAGUUGCUGUGCUGGUUUUAUUUGAUUUCCUUCGUCAGAAUGACAGUCCUAUGGAAUUCGUGCCUCUUAAUAUCACUUUUGAUGAUCUUCAAAUCCGUUCAUUGUGUCACAGACUCUGCCAAUAGUUUUGAUGAUCAGAAUUUCAGGACGCCUACCCAAGAUAACCAGCAAUCCGAGAUUGAAAGGCCGGUCUAUACAUACGAAGACGACGACUUACUACAGAAUGUGUUAAACAUGGCCUCUAAACGGUUCGAUGGGCAGACGUUCUUUCCUGUUCGCGGAAAGAAGCAGCUCCCUGGGGAUAGUGGGCCAGUAGGAUUUCACAGUGCCCGUGGGCGACGCUCUCUCGCCGAUCUUUCCAGACUGUUUUAUUAUGACAAUGAUUACCCGAUUUUACAGCGGCUUUACCCCGAAAUCACCCGGCUUCCGCCCGUGUACCGAGGGGGGCAUAAACGGUUGGAUUCCUUCAGCUUCUACGGUGUACGCGGAAAACGCCCAAACGGAUGGGAGAACAGGUUUUGGAUGGGCAAGUCGGACAGCGGUGAUAGGCUAAAAUCAUACCUGUCAGAAUCCAAGAUCAGCGAAUCAUCCCAAGAAGGUCAGUCGCUGAAGAGACAGCCACCUCCAGGGUUUUAUGGCCUGCGGGGUUGAGAACUGCGAUUCCCUGGGCUGAUACUAACCAACAAAAACAACAAUCUACAUGAACAGUUUUCUGUAAUCUGUUGUGGUGAAUGAAUACGCGUGACGAGAAACCAAGUACAGUUUUGUUUGUUUACAGCCGUAAUGAACAGUUCCCUUAAUUUCACCAUAUUAUCUGCAGUAUUUGACUUUGGACUCUGUCAAACUCUUUAUUCAAAUUGUGUAUUCUCCGCGGAUAUCUCUCUUCUCUGUACACUACUUUCUUAUUCCAAGUGUGAUUUUCUUCAUUCCUUGUUUAUUUUCGAAGUAUUAUAGAUGUUGUAGAAAAUAAUUUUUUGAGCUGGGGAUAAACCAGUCAGCAUGUAUUUAUUCUUGGCCGCCACUUCGCACAUUCCAGAGAAGCUGUGAACUGACCUCUUAUCCGAAUCCGUGACAAACGGGAUCUGUCCCUAGUGACGUGCGCCAUUUGCUUUCACUGGACAGUCUAUCUUCUACCUACGAUAUUGUCCUACGACAAGUAACAGAUUUAUCACACUGAGGGAAAAACUGCAAC